AUGAAUUCGUUGAAUUUGUGCGGGCCCCCCAGCAGCGGGGUCUACCCCCUGCACAGCGCCAGUUCCAUGCUGUUCGACCUGCACCACCAGAUGGCGGAGCAGUACCACGUUUACUCUGCAGCCAGCCCCGCCGUGCACACCCUCUCUGUGGCUGAGAGACUGGCAGAGCUUAUUCUGGAAGCUCGCUAUGGCAACCAGCAGAAGCAGCGCCGCAGCCGCACGGCCUUCACAGUGUCCCAGCUGCAGGCUCUGGAGAAAGCCUUCCAACAGACACAGUACCCAGAUGUCGGCAUGAGGGAGAGGCUGGCCGUCUGCAUCAACCUGCCUGAGGCUCGCAUUCAGGUGUGGUUCAAGAACAGGAGGGCAAAGUUUCGUAAAGGUCAACGUUGUUCCCCACUUUCCAGAGAGCAGAGUGGGGAAGAAACGCCGCAGCACAGCAAAGCAGGACAGGAGGAGGCUAGGACCAAGGACAAACACGACGCUGUCACCAAACCUUGCACUGACAGCAUGCCUCCUCCUCCACCUCCUCCUCUGAAAGAAAGCAGGGAUGUUCACACUCAUCCUGCCCUCAUAGACUCUGAUGUUUCUCAGUACCAUCUUCGACUACACUCUCCUCCACUUUUCCCCUUUGUGACAGGGGAGCGCUACAGCCGCCUGCCCCAUCGGCAGCCUGUAGGCAUGCUGUCCGCUGAGCUCUCCUUCCCCCCGCUCUUCUGGCCCAUAGUACAGCAGCGCAGCCCUGCCCUGGGGCUUCCUCCUUCAUCACUUGCUAAAAACUGUAGCCUGUCCCUCCAGACUGCUUGUUCCAGUAAAGCUGUGCCUUACUCUCACCUGGGGCUGUAACUGCAGACUUACACACCUGACAAAUACAGCCCCACAUUCCUCCUGCUUGUGGACAGCCGGUACACCUGAACCAGCACUGUGUGGUAUGUGUCAGCAGAAAAGACAGAGGCAAAGAAACGCCUACUGCUUCAUCUGUAUAUCCCUUUAUACAAAUGCUGUGCAGAGUAGACAUUUCCAUUCAGUAUGUUUUAUUGUACACCUUUCUGUCUAAAGGGGGCAUAAAAUGGUGCAGUCUGAUAAAUCCUUCCAGAGGUUUGUUUUAUAACAGGGAGGCUAGUUUGGGUAUGCUGUCUGUCUCCCUCAGCCCUGACAGGCCGGUUUUAGUGGGUCAGUAUUAUGACUCUGCAUGAAAGAGGCUGUUAUUUUAUUUGAGGACAAGCAGAGCAAAGAUCACAUCUAAAAAUAUUGUUUUCUCUCUCAGCAUUACAGCAGUAUAUCAUUACUUAUAUAACUGGCUACUCUGCUGUGUAGCUACACAGUAACACUGAUGGUAAAAUGGCCUGAGUGGAGCUCCUUAUGUAA